CAAUCCAGGAACGAACAUGUGAAAAAUCCAAGAUUGCUAACGUUAUUCGUCACCCAUGAUAUUAAUAGGUAAUCAAAUGGUAUACUCGUGAAAUUAGGGAAUAAUUUCACUUGCGUUUUCUCCAAAUCCUAAUAUUUUCCCUCGCCUGAAGGCUCGGGAAAUUAUUAGGAUUUGGACAAAACGCGCGUGAAAUUAUUCCCUAAUUUCACUCGUCACCAUUUGAUGACACAUACUAAUUCUUAAAUUCAUUUAGUAAUAUUCUAAGGCGCAACUGAAUAUAUUCACAUAGUCUUUUGCGUAUGUGUUUGAUCAUUAUCAUUCUCACCAUUAUUUGUUUUAUUAUCUUUGCAUUUAUUAUUAUUAUUAUUAUUAUUAUUAUUAUUAUUAUUAUUAUUAUUAUUAUUAAAGAAUGUAAAAUCCACCGUAAAAUCAUCAAUACAGUCAGGUUGGGGAAUUUUAAUCAUUAUAAAACAUGCACUUUUCACUAUGUAUUACUGCUCCCACACCAUUUGUUCAGUGAGAAAACGAGUAAAACUGAUAAAAUGGAGGCAACAAUUCUACGCAGCACUAUAAAAUGACUGCUGCCCACUAAUUCAAUUGGAUGAGCACUGGCCUGACGAAAGGAAGACCGCGGUCAAACCCACGCUGGACUAAAACUCCAGGUAUUGAAAUAACUGAGAAGAGCGGUAUCUUUCAACAGUCUUUAUUUACAAUUCUUGCGCAACUGAAUAUAUUCACAUAGUCUAUUGCGUAUGUGUUUGAUCAUUUUCAUCCUCACCAUUAUUUGUUUUAUUAUCUUUGUAUUUAUUAUUAUUAUUAUUAUUAUUAUUAUUAUUAUUAUUAGAGAAUGUAAAAUCCACCGUAAAAUCAUCAAUACAGUCAGUUUUUAUUACUUAUUUUUUUCAUCUCCUUCUUACCUCGACACUGGCUAGUCGGCCCUAAAAUCGUCAAACCUAACUUUUCAACUAUGCAAGCAGAGCAUUCAAAGAGGCUUACCAUAGAAUGCUUAGCAGAAGCAAACCCACCUUCGUCGUAUGUCUGGACAAACGUAGCUGGUGGAAUUGAGACCCAUGGCAGGUUUCUGAGUGUUCAAAAUUUAGAUGACCAUGACGGCAGAAACUACACAUACACGUGCACAGCAACAAAUAUACUGGGAUUUGAUAAGCGCAGAGUCUUGAUUGAGAUUACACGUAGGUUUUAUCAUGAUCACUAUUUUUAAGAUAUUAAAGGAUAAAAAAGAAAAGUUAAAUGUGUCCAUUUUCUAUCGCAUGUAAUCCUACAUAGACACUUCUUCUCAUCUAUCAUGAAAAAUUUGAUCACGUUGGAAGGGUGUAUUAAGUCGUUUCUGUCUCUCGCCCCAUGGGAAAAGUAUGAGAGGGUCCUGGUAACGAGACUGGAAAACAGGGAGAAGUAGGCUUUGUUUCUUUAAUGAAGCUUGUUAUACUGCACCGAUGUAUGUCCUGUAAAGUACUCGGCACUGUAUUGUACUUGUAGUAUUACACAUUUAUGUAAUGAAAAUGUUUUGUUUUUACUCAAAGGACGGGAAAUUCCACUGGAACUUACCUUGGAGAGGUUUAAUGGAGCGAAGAUAGUGUACCAGCCAGAUUACAACAAUCUGAACAGUACACUCGCAAAAGCCUUUGUAAACAAAUUUGUUGUGGAGGUAGUUUUAUAUUAUUUUGUUAUUUAAUUAAUACUUUAUUAGAAUAAACUCUAAUUACCAGAAACAUAGCAGGUGCAAACGUCUCAGUAAAUAUGUGUAAUCAAAUGGUGACGAGUGAAAUAAGGAUAUAAUUUCACGGUAGUUUUGUACAAAUUGUAUUAAUUUCCCGAUUCCUUGGGUGAGGAAACGUAUUAGUAUUUGAACAAACCGCAGGUUUGUUCAGGUCAUGGGGAACGAAUUACGUUAGUAAUCGAGAAUUUUUGACAUGUUUAUCCUGGAUCGUAUCGAUCAAGAACUACACUCUCUCAAAAGUUUAGAGCUUAAAUUUUAGCUUAAGUUGGGAAUUUUUAGAGUUUUUCGAUAAAAUACCUGUUAAAAUCCUUCUUGAUGUGUUCUUCGUGUGUUUAGAGUUUCUAAAGCGUCUUUAAAAACCCUGACAUCUUUAUUCAUAGCGGAGCUGCAAGCGCAAGCGAGCUUAGCCCCAUAUCUCAAAAAACGUAGUAAUUUUCUGGUAGUUCGUCCGUACCACAGGCAUACCAAUGUAACAUAACUCAAUCAACAGGAAUGGCAACCCAAAUCAACUCGAGGUUAUUUUGGCGGGAAAUUGCAUAUCCGCUCGCGUCUUAUGAACCAGAGACAACUAAAGAGUCAAUAAAGGCGAAAACGGAAAGCGGAAAUGAUUGUUUCCGUAUCCGUGUUGUCUAAAGUAUUGAGCUUAGAAUUAUUAUCAUGCCCACAAAUUUGGAAUAUAGAGCAAGAGAAAGACAGAGAUCAGAAAAUGAGAGAGUAGGUGACAGGCCAGCGAAGCUCAACGAGAAAAAGAGCGACAGAGAUCUAGAGCGAAAGAUAAAAAACAAAGGAGACAUUUUUUGUUGGAAGAACAACAAAAACAUUUUGUAGGGCGGUCAGAAAAUUACAAAUGCUAGCGGCCAUCAAAGUGAAAAUGAGCAACAACGAAAAAAAAGUGAACAAGAACACGUGCGAAAUUUCCUCCAUAAAAGGUGUAACUAGGAAGUUUCUGGAAGUUUCACGUUGUAGUCGUGCAAAACAACCGCAAGGAAAUGUUCAAAAAAGUGUGCUGCACGUUGAAAGUUCAAUUUUGCUACUUAGACCUAUUGUUGUUUUUUCACCGUUCUCGUUACCUUCGCCGCAUAGCUUUACACGAGUCUAUAUUUUGUUUGAGCAAACUAUAAAUAUCAUCGAGAACUUUGCCUUUAGCCCUUGCUAAAACUACAUAUUAACAUUUUAAAACUUUGUCACCAUCUUGGUACCGGGACGUACAGAAGGUUGCCAUGGCAAUUUUGAAAUUUCACGUGUGAAAUUAUAAAUAAGGCUGAUUUUUGAGCCAAAAUUAACGAGUAAUUCGUCACCUAUGAUAUUAUACAUAUAAUACAUAUAUGAUAAUGUAAUGAUGAUAAUACAUCAAUCCUUAACCCGUCCACUCUUAGACCAGGUUAUGGGGAGAAGUAUCUGUCACUCCAACUUUUGAGUCUGGACGAAAUCCUACCGUGUGACCAUUCAAAUAAAACUUCUUUGGCAGUACUUUCACAUGACAUUAUUGUUUAUUUAGCAUUAUAAAAUAACUGAGAUAGUACGCGUGAUCUGAAUGGUCAAAAACCUAUGGUUUAUUGUACCAGUAAACCCAUAGAAAAAGGCAUCCGGACCACGAGCCAUAAACAAAACCGGCUAUUGAUCUGCAAACAAUGGUUUUAGAAAGGCUAAAAAACAGAACGAGUUACUUACCCUGCCCUUCUUAAUAUCAAAAGCGUUGGUUUCCACAUUUUACUACUGCCAUAGCUUUAGAAGAAAUAAAGUACAAAGCGGGAGAGUAGUUUACAUUUCACGACGAUGCCAAAUCGCAGUGAAAGACAACAACUGUGUGAAUUUCUGGUGUAGAAAGUCUCUAGGAAAACUUAACCAGCAACAGAACGGAUAGUUUAAGCAUUCUUGAUUUAUUUUAUGUCAAAAUUAAAUUCCUUAAGGAAAGAAAUUGUUCCAAAAAGAGAUCUCUGAUCAAGAUAUGGUACAAAAUCGGCCGCUGUAGAUUGUAAACAAGCUGCCAACGAUGAUGAAAGAAGUCAGAGUUUCCGGCUGGUUUUUUUCCAAGAUUUGCACAAAUUAUUCGGUGGUAUCGAUGCCAUAACCUACCUCAAACCACCUGACUUCACGAAUCGACAAAUAUUAACGCCAAUAUGUGGCUACGGCAAAGAAACCUUUGACCACUGACAUAUUUCCAUCGGUCGUUGUACGUGCAUAUAAAGUUACAUGCGACAACUUCGCAAAUGCAGCCACGUCGUUACCGCAGCAUUUCUUGAUCAUUAUAAAGUCCAGAAAACAGAUCUUAAACCACUGCGGCUUGUAAAAAGUGAAUGAAGUCCUCCAUUACAAAAGCUGUCAGUUCCGUCUGUAACAAUGAAAUUCUUACGGAUCGACUCAACAAAAUACAGCUGCGUACAGUCUGAUGUUCAAUUAAUUUCUACUUCUGUAGUAAACAAACCAUGAACGUAUUCUUUCAUUCUACGUUCGCAUGAAUUUGUGUUGACUUUUCCUGUAAAACAGCUUUCAUAAGUUAUCAUGUAAUGAGUGCAAAAACUCGUGUUUUGAAGUGCUGCUGUUUGUUGUUUGACUGAACUGAGUUUUCUGAGUUUUGAGAAAGUUCAACGCUAUUAAAUCGUGAGUUAUGAUUGGCUUAUGAUGACUUUAGAGAGAAGACGUGACUUGAUCACGGUACUAGAACCAUAUUUUUUACCUAAAAGACUCCAUUCUACUAAAAGUUAUUUUAUAAAAGCAAUAGACCACACUUUCUAUGGGUUUACCGGCGUGAUUACCCACUUGGGAUGUUGGGAGAACACUCGAAAAGCUUAUAAAUCACUCGCCUUCGGCUCGUGAUUUACAAGCUUUUCUUGUGUUCUCCCAACAUCCCGCGUGGGUUAUCACGCCGGUAAACCCACAGAAAGUGUGGUCUAUUGCUAAAAUGUUCCUGGUCUGUUCAAACGUAACACCAGCCCUAUGGUUAAUUCUUCCAGAUCUCCUCUGAUGGAAACCAACUAACAAAAACCACAAAAACAACAGACAAUAUUUUUAAGCAGCCAUCUCUUUUAAAUUUAUACCUUUCAGGUAAACAAGAAGUACAAAAAUUACUCCAUCUUUGACAAAGCAGAAGUGAACAAACUUGGGUUAGUAUUAUGAACCAUAAUGUUGUGUAAAAUGUCGGAAAACGUACGUAUUCUUGGUAGUUUUAUAAUACGUAACUUUUAAAACUGGAACGACUGGUAAGGCGACUAUAUAAUGCCACCAUCUUACUGCUGCCCAGUCAUUGGGUUUAUCUUUUUUGUCAUUUUUUUUAGGGAAGGCAGUGUAAUCGUGUCGUUGAUACUAUAUUUUAAAACUCCUGUUACUACAAACGAAGGGCUUGCUGUACUAACGGACGCGUUGAUAAUGGGAACCAUUGGUCCGUUCAGUGUAUGCUGCUUAAAGAUUUUAGAUGAGGAUACGACUGCCGCUCCCAGUUCUUUAUCAUCUACCAUUUCACUAACUUCAUCCGCAGUGCCUUCUCCUCCAGCAGGUGGGUUGUGUGCAUGUAUAUACACUAGUCAACUCUUUCUAAAACGGAUACUGUCGGGACAGCCUUAGAUUCUAAAAAACGAGAAAGGAAAAUGUCGGUCGUAUAAUGGAACCGUUAAGAGAGGGUCUAAUGUUUAUCAUUUAGAUUGAGAUACAGAGGGGUAAAUAUGGUGCAACAAAGUGCAAACUGGAGGGAACUCAACGGCAAAGAUGGUAAAUACCGCAUUAGCAAAUGCGGUUUUUACCAUCUUUGCUCUUGAUUUAAUCGUAGUUUGCACUUUUUUUGCAUCAAAUUUGCACAAAGUAAAUUUGGUGCGAAUCACAUUUUUCGUGCAGGCGAUCUUGGCAAAUUGACAAAUUCUUAAGAAGGAAGCAAAAAUCAAUUUGAGGACAUUUUAUAAUUUAUUGCUCUUGAAAUGAGCUACAACCAUACAGACAGCGAAGCAAUAAAGUUACUCAUCGCGUAGAAUUCCCGCAGUCCAUUGCAUUGAGUUCAACAACACAUUUCCCGUCCUUGUAGGGGUUAGUAUUUUGCCGUUUUUGCCGUAAGACUUCUAAAUGAAGCAUACACCAGGAAAAAAAAACAAAACGGUCAAAUACUACUGGAAACAAAUUUGGGAAAUAUGAAAGAUGGCGGUCGAGUCGCGGAGAAAAUAUUUUGGCGUCCAAGACGUUUUCUGGAAAUUUCCUUCGCCCUGUCUACCCCUCACGGUUUCAGGUCAAAUUGAAACGAAAUCAAAAACCCAGGUUCUAUCGUAUUCCUUCGUUUAAAAGACUUUGGUGGUUUUAAAGGAAGACGAGAGAUGUCACGAUUUCAGGUGGUAUCCUUCGUAAUUUCUGCAAAAUUUGGUUUUAAGAUUUCCGUGAAAGUCUACGCGCGCGAAAAUCCAUAAACAGAUGGCGAAUUUUUGGUUGUGUUUUUGCCCUAAAACCCAGUGAAAUCCGAUAAGCUGGUAUUAAUCAAAGGUAAGAUCCUGAAUUGGAAGUUUCUUGAAAUUUAUAUCCCGGUGGUACCCUUUGAUAAUUGGCUAAGAGUAACUCGCUAUCCGAGAGCAAAAAACUCUUAAAGUCGCUUUAGUCCUAUUAUUCCGCCAUAUUUUCAAGACCAAGUCCUGGCUCGAAUGCGGCUCUAGCCUGUUUAAUACAAUACCCCUAUCCCUGAAAAACAAUGGAAGUGCAGAUUAGGGACCAGUCAUAAUUUAAGUUGGAGAGGGGGUUGGAGGAGAAAUUCUUCUUUAUCCCAAAAUAUUUCCAGACCCCUAGUAUUAGCACCCAUGUUUUUAAGGUACCCCCCCCCUUCAAUCAUGUUAAAAGAUUUAAGGGCCCCCCAUUCUUACAUAAUACCGAAAUGGUAAUAACAAAUAACAUUUUCUCUACUUUACCGUUCUUACUCACUGUAACUUCUGAAUGUGCCAACUAACAACAGAGAAGCACCUCACACUUAACUGAGAAAGAGAUUUCACCUAGAGCCUUUCAAACAGCUUAUAGAGCAAGGAUUUAUCAGUGAUUGUGUUAUAAUUGAGAUAAGACAAGCCAUCGAAAGGUUAGAGGCCGACAGGAACGCUUCAAGGAAGACAGAAGAUAAUCAGCCAAAGCUUACUGCUUUUUCUAUGAGCAGUACAUGCUCUAAUAGCAAAAAACUUGACAGUGACACAGACAGUGAGUCCACAUCAACCUCAUCCUACAAAUAAUGAUUCGGAUAGUGAGAUUGCAUAACAUGACUUAAUGCAUGUAAUCAUUUGUUAAAAUGCCGAUGAAAUUGUUUCAGUGUUACACAAUAAUGGAUGUUGUGUUGAUGCACCUACUAAUUGAGCAUUAAAUCUUUUUGUCAAAAUGCUGAUUAAAUUGUCUUAGUAUUACACAAUAUAGGACUUUGUGUAAAACUGAAUCAAAAUUAGGUUCCUUAAUACUCAAGCAUCAUGCUGCUCAGUAGGAAUCCUANCCCCCCCCCCCCCCCUCCAACUUAAAUUAUGACUCGUCCCUUAAAGGGGACCAAUGAAAUAAGAGGUUUAGAACGGUGCAGGUCAACCGAUUCUACGCGACGUCCUAAGUAUUCCUUAGGGUCGUGCGAUUUCUUGGUUUCCACUUUCAUCCCUACUUCUCUUUCCAGAAACUGAACGCUGUCAGUGUAAUGAGGUCAUUUGGAAAGUAGUUACUGGAGUUCUCAUAUUCGUUAUCAUCCUUCUUAUUGUCGUAAUAAUUUGGCAGCACAAAAGAGGUAAUAUAAAAAGUUUCCCAUUUUACUUAAAGUAAAAACAUUUUCAAAAAUGUUCGCUCAUGAUGUGGAACUUGCAAUGUACUUUGUAGCUCUACUUAUAAAUAUAGUAUAAAACUGACGAUUGGAAAUGCCGUAAAUACAUGCAUCUCCAAGCAAAUAAAAUUCAACGCUGUAAAAAUUGAGUUAUUUGCAUACAUUAGGUCAAUAUAUUCAGGAAGGUAAAAACUAAACGAGGUGAGUGGUUACAAAAGUUUAUCAUCCUUAUCCAGUAGUGGAUGUAACAUUCAAUAGAAAGAAAGAGUAGAGAAGUAAAUAAACAAAUAAAUAAAUACAUAAAUAAAUAGAUUUUGAUAUUAAAAUGUGGUUGCCCUUUUUUGUAGGAUCGAGAGGCCAGAAAAGGUAUGAGUGUUACUUUUAAAGCUUGAACAGGGGAAAUAGUCUGUUGAAGUUGUUGAAAACAGCCGACAUUUCACUACACUACCACUGGUUUCCCCGCAAAAUGAGGCCUGAGGAACGACCGUACUAAUUCCAUACUGAUGUUGUGUCAUUACCCAGAUCUGUGUAGUUCCUCCGAUUGGUUGAAGCAAAUUUGUAGAGCUCUUUAAGCUUGCAAUAAUUUUAAUUAAAAUGUCUUACAAACAAAAGCUAUGAUCCCUUCCUCGGGCCUAUAAAACCUUGUUUGAUCUCUGGUUUUUCUCACAUUCCUUUUGAAAUAGAAGUUUGUACUUGAAAGGAAUUUGCAGGGAUUUCUUAGCACUUAAAAUAAUAGCACAAUUUAAGUGCAAUUUGAUUUAAUAAUAGCAAUGAGUGAGAAAAGAGGAGCGAAUGAAUAAACAAGAAACAAGAAGAACGACAACUGUGUGCGUAGUGACAUAAUGUUGUCGCACACAGUGAAGGUAAACACGGCUGCAAAGAAAAUAACAGCUGUAGCUACAUUUUGAAUACCUUGCGAGACGAAUUCUACCAAACUGCACAAUCAUUUGAAUUAAUUGUAAAUAAAGUAAAAAAAGCUUGAUGAUUACUAUUGGUUCUUUUCUUAUUCUCAGACCAUAUGCGUUGCCACGCGACGAUGCAGAGGUUUAUGACGUAAGCUUACCUCAUUUUUUUUCAUCUGUCAUUGGUCUUGGAAUCUAUUGCGAUAAGCCAUUGUUGUAGAGUUAAGUAAUAUGUGACCUAGCAUGAAAAACAUCACAAAAUGAUUCACAGGCAUUGAACUUUGUUUUGUGUUUUGGAUUCGUGUUUUAAUCAACUGAAAGAUUGAUGAUACUGUUUUAACACUUUCAGAAUGAGUUAGCAAUGGAUGAGGUCCAACCAUCUCAUUCUCGUCAAUGUAAGACUGAAUACAUGGACCUAAAAGAGCUAACUGCAUUUGAAAGCAAGCGCAAAGAAGAAGUGACACUCGGUAUCCCGCAAGUGGAAUGUUCAUCCCUAGGAACUGAUUACGCGCCUCUUCAUCCAUCCACCCGCUCUUGGGAAAUUCCACGAAACGAUGUAACUAUAGAAAAGGUUAUCGGUAAAGGUGUCUUUGGUCAGGUUGCCAAGGGAACCGCAAAAAAUCUUCGGGGGAGGCCAGCGAACACUCCAGUUGCUGUCAAAAUGCUUAAAGGUAAUCCGCACAUAGCUUUUGUGGCUGAAUAAAUGCUAAUUAAAUAAAUGUGUUUAUUGGAGGAUUCAUGUGGAGUUGAACAUUUUAACGUUUUAAAACAAGUUAUUUGUCAUUAGUGAGAGAAAAACAAGUAAUAAAGGAAAAUUGAGUUUCCCCGCUGAUUUUUCAUUUAAAAUUAUAAAAAAAAAACAUUAUUAAAAACUUAUGAAUAUGAAGCAGUGGUCAUCUCAAUAAAUAGUAACGCUCGUAUCGCUCAGAUUUGCUCGUGUAUUUUUAGCUUCUGCUCCUGAGUCUGACAGAGGAGAUCUGUUAUCUGAACUCGAAGUAAUGAAGACGCUGAAACCUCAUCCACACGUCAUACGACUUCUGGGAUGUGUUACCGAAACUGGUAAAAUAUAUGAUUAAUGAUGAACGUAUUUGAACGUAGUCAACUUUAGAAGUUAACAGUUAAUGUAAAACUAUUUCAAAGACCAGUUUCAGUUUCUAUAUUAUUGCUGGUAUUAUAGAAAAACCCGCAUAGUGUAAAAGUUACUUUUUAUUGACUCAUUUUCUAGAGCCGUUGUUGGUUUUGAUCGAGUAUGUCCCGUAUGGAGAUCUCUUGGGUUACCUGAGAAAAAGCCGUGGACUCAAUGAUACUUAUUUCAAAGACCCGGAUAUCAAGCCUCAGACAAGCCUGACGUCAGAGCAACUGAUGAAGUUUGCUUGGCAAAUUGCUGAUGGAAUGAGUUACUUGUCAUCAAGAUCUGUAAGUCAAAGGAUCUGAGUACGUUUAGAUAAUGAAUUGUGAGUCCAGGAAAUACUAUGAAAAAAAUCAUCUACGUCGAUGUAUUAAUUAAAAUUCCUGUGCGAAAUAAGCAGUAAACCAUGCCAACUAUGCUAAUUGAGACAUUUGCGAGUGUAUUUAUUAAUAAAUGAACCAAUGAAUUACUGAGGAAUUAAUAUGCCAGAUGUCCAGGAGAGGGUCAAAUGAUCGAAUUUUGCCCUAAAUUCAAUUAGAUCCCGGAAGUACCAAUUUCAUCGAUUUUAUAUUACAGAUCAUUCACCGAGAUCUUGCAGCUCGUAACGUGUUGGUUGGAGAAAGGGAAACAUGUAAAGUGACUGACUUUGGAAUGGCCAGGGAUGUCCAACAGGAAAACAUUUAUGAAAGAAAGACGAAGGUAUCUGAAAACAAGGAAUUGCAUUAUAUUAUUCAUCUUAUUUGUCUCGCAUUAAGUCAGCCAUACGGAUUUCGAACAUUUCAUUCUAAAACCUGCCUAUUUUAUACUUGUUUGCUUGAUAAUGACGGUUACCAUCCUCUUUAACACACUUCCCUGCGAAAGUAGGUUGCCCUCUAAAUGGGGCUCAUCAGAGUUAUAUGUGACGUAACAGUUUAAAUCUCGAAAAUAAUUUCAAAGACUGCUGUAUUUUUCACUCGUUCUGCGUCUCAUUGUUAACCACCAGGGACGUCUGCCCGUCAAGUGGACUGCAUAUGAAGCGCUGAUGUUUAACACUUAUACCACUGAGAGUGACGUGUGAGUAAAUAAUAUAUAGAUUUAGCCAGGGCUAAAAGCGAAGCUCCUACUAACUCGAAUUUAUAAUUUAAAUCAAACAAUUGUAAAUUUGUAUUCCACAAAUCAUUAACUUUAGAGCACAUUCAUGUGACUUUUGACGGAAAGGCUAAGUAAUUUUAGAGAAAAAUAAUUUGCAAACAGUCCAAGCUAAGAGUGAAAUUAAUCUUACAUCGACUUGAUAGCCUUAUAUGUACACCUAAAAAAAUAGCAUAGCCAUAAUGGUUCUUGAUCACAGUACAUUAGGAAACAAAUCAGGCCGAAUUUUUUGCGUUCGAUAAGUUUACUUUACAAAAUCUUGCCAGCAAGUCUGGGGACGUGUAAACCAACCUUUUCAUACUUUUUAUACAUCACAUCUGAGUUGAAAUAGUACCACGAGGCGCUGUUUUUAUCAUACAGACCUCGGACAGAGUGCAGUAUUUCACAAUUUUGCAAUUCAAAUUGCACUCAUUCAAUAUUCAGGACGAUCGAAGCACGCGUUAGGGAAACCGUUAAAAAAAUUUCCAAAAUCACCUAUACGGCGAGCCGGUUCUCACUUUUGACAAGCGCCAAAGUCGACGGUUUAAAUUAAGAUUAACACAGUUAUACGCUUCAACAUAAUGGCUUUAUAACGAAGUGUAAUCUUCAAAAGCGUUUGAUACGCGCGGCAUUUUGACUACUCCUGCAAGCUAUGUUCAUGAGCGACUGAAAACAAACGGCACAACAGCGAUGAAAAUUGCAAAAAAGACUACUAACAAUCAAUAAAAGGAAAAUAAUUCGGUGAAACAUAUACAGAGACAACAAUUUUCAUUCACGAAACCAACUGAGCUAUGAAGCCACACAUUGGGAGCGAGGUCAAUUUAUUGAGUUCAUAUCUCCCGUGAGGAGUGAGCAACGCACCGGUAACGCGGAGGUCACUGGCUCGAAUCCCGUUGAAGCUCUGAUUUUUUCAGGCUUCUUCUUUCCAAUUGCUUAAAUUGGAAAAUUUACUGCGAUGAUCAUUCUUCACUUUCAUCUACAACCGCAGUUCAAAAAUGAAUUAUUUCAUACUUCAAAUUCAUUGAAUUAGAUAUGAAAAACAAACAUCAAAUAAAAUAAUUACUCAGGCUUACCCUUCGAGAUGCACUGAAAAUUAUCAAGUAAGGCCCAAAUCGCUUCAGACUUUUCAACCCUCUUACGCAUAAAGCAAGGUGAAAAACGAAAACGAUGCCAGCCGAAAUCGGAUUUCUCAACCAAAAACCCGAUAAACAAACUAACCAUGAAUAGCAGAAGACUCUUGAUAGCAGCUGAAUUUCAUUUUCUACAAUGUUCAGUGGAAAAAGACAGUUAAAAACAUCACAAGUUGACACAAAACUCUGUCAGCUUCAGCUGUCAAAGUAAACAAGAUUCAAGAUGCUGCAUAAAUUUUCCGCAUGAACUCACCAGUCAAAUUUUGACCAAUCAGAGCAUAAAAAUUGGACGUAGAGCGUGAUCAACGCGUGACCUUGAUGAGAAAAGUCAAAAGCAACUGGCAUGUCUUCCCUGCCUGUAAAAACUGGCUGAAUCUUAGCUUCCGAGGUCAGUUUGAAAUCAAAAUUUUAAUUGUGCGGCACAUACAAAACACAACAUAUCUCAUAUGAAUUAAAAAAAAUUAAACUUGAGCCUGCAAUCAUUUGAAAACUAGUAACUUGUCAGCGGAUAACUUCAAAAAGAUACUCGAUACUCUGAGCCCGCGAUACAGUCAGGUGACACUGGUCAGCGGAUACCCUGUUUUGACAGCUGUCAAUAAACCACAACAUUGAUGUGCAACAUGUGUGCAAUAUCAGCCUUCCUGUGCUCCCAAACUAGCUAGAAAGUGUGAGAUUAAACAUUGGUUGCCCUGUGGUGCGGACGGACGGGCAGCGGGCGGGCGGGCGGUGUACGGUCACGUGGUUACCAAAUUUUCUGGAAUGGGUAGAUUUACUUGCCCAUGGUGCUCCGCAGGCGCGCUUCGCGCCAGAGCUCCGCUAGAAAUUGUCUGGAAAUACGGUUGAAGAUUUUUGAGUAGUUCUUGCUUUGUCUAUUUAACAAAUCAACGCUUCCUUUUUAUUUGCAGUUGGAGCUAUGGCGUUGUUCUUUAUGAGAUUUUCACUGUAGGUAAGUUUUUUCUUUCUGAUUAACGAUAAUUGCCUGCGCCGAGGAAGUUUUCUUUUAAUUUGCAACAGGCUGUUGAAACGUAGUUUGUUGGAAUUUCUUUAAUUAUUUUCAGGUGGUUCUCCGUAUCCGCGAAUGGAUGGCAAGAAAAUUGCUAGUUUACUUCAAGAAGGAUACAGGAUGCCAAAGCCGCAGCACGUGGAUGACAAAUUGUAAUACUACCUUUUUUUAAUUCAAUUAUCCUUAUUUUUUCCGUACAUUUAGAAGCAACAAUAGAUAUUACGAGGGAUCUAUUUUGUUAUUAAAAGGGUCUUGACUUCUUAAGAACAGAAAUCAAGAGGAGACUAUUUUAUUCUAUGCUCUCAGGUAUCAAAUCAUGAUGAACUGUUGGCAAAAUGAGCCAAAAGUGAGACCAUCAUUCAUCGCUUUGACGAAACAGUUGAGGGAUAUGGAAAACCAGCAUAAGGUGAGGUUGUCGGUAUCUAGAGACAUAAAAAGUAUUUCAGUGACACUAGCAAUAACAACAAUUGCUCAGCUAUAA